UCUACUUUCAGGCGGGCGUCACAUGCAAAAGUAUUGCGACGGGGCAUAAUAUCUGUGAUAAUGAUGAAAACAAGGGCUCUGAAAGGUUGGCACCUAUAGUUUUUCCUUCGACUCCUGCACAACACAUCGCAAAUGCGACACCGAGUCCUACAACUCCACGAAAAUCAUCAGAUUAUCCACAGCAGGCGACAAGUGUUAAUGUUAAGAAUGAGAGCAAUGAGAAUUUUCCGGUGCCAAUUGUCUCUGCGGGUGUGGUGCCCGGUGUGGGGCCGGCAGUGGGAGUGGGCAGCGGAAUCGGGAGUGGAGUUUCAGGCAUGUCUCCUGCUGGCUUGGGACAGCAAAACAAAGAUAAUGUUCCACUGGGAAAGAAUAGUAGUCAAACUACUGUCAAUUCGAUGGACGCGGUGUCAGGAUCGGGAGUUUUAUCACCGAUGCUUCAGCCGGCAAGUACAAGUGUAUCUGCAUCUUCUUCACACACGGCUACGAUCACUAAUGAAAAGCCAUCAGCUAGCCCAAACACACAACCCAUACAACAGCAUCAGCAGUUGCUACCUCCGCAACAGCAAGCUCCGGUGGCAAGCAUUCAACCAAAUUUGCCGCCUAAUUUUUCCACAGCAUCGCAUCAGGUGCCCACGGAAACGAGAAACUUGGUCCCAUCUUCACCCGCACAACAGCUUAUUGAGAGCCCGUUUGGUCCAAAGCUAGCAGCAAAUCCCGUUGGCGGCCAUCUCGUUAGCUCGCCAAUCAGUACUAUUCACACAAAGAAUUUGCCUCUCACUCAAGGCAACAAUGUGCAAAGCACGGUAACACCAAUUUCCAUGAUGUCUGGACCAAUGACGACAACAGUAACAUCGGCAUCUGUUAUGGGUGGCUUUGGAGCUAGCAGCAGAUUGGGUCCCGGGCCACCUAUGCAUCAUUUGCAAAGUGGUUUUACAUCAGUAUCAGCUACAAAUCCCAGUAUUGGUGUAAAACCAGGAGAAGUGACAACUGCCGCUGACGUACCCAAAAGUAUUGCGGCACCGCCACCUGUAAUAAAUGGUUUUAUACCCGCUUUCCUGCCGGGGAACGCAUCAGCGCAAAAUAGUGUUCGCAUCUCACCUCACAUGGGUCAUAUGACACCAGCAACAAGUGGGCCGCCAAUCUCGGUCGUGCCGCUAUCGGCAAAUUCCACCACAUCAGCGUCUGGCAUUCCUGGAUCUGUUACCAAUGCAAAUGUAGCAAUGUCUUUACCCGUUACAGUGGCGGCAUCGUCGGGGGCUAUGACAUCGGCAACUAUGGCCACCAUGCCGAAAGGUUCUUACGUGGUUAGCACAAAUACCACAGGUACAAUGUCAAGUAGCGUAUCAGGUCCAAACCAUGGCAUAUUUGCUCAAGGUAAUGUAGCUAUGGGCAUUCCCGGUGGACCGCCGAUUAUGAGUGGUGUUCCAAAUGGCAUGACCCCAAUGCUAAUUCAUUCGCCCUAUCGCACGCCGUAUCCGGGAUAUCCUUUAUAUGCACCAUAUAGCGGUCUGCCACAUAGUCCCUAUCAUCCACCUGGCGUGCCAUCACCUAAUGCGUCUCCCCGCACAAUCGACACACGUACUGGCAGAGAAAUAACACCCAUAGCACCUUCACCUAAAGUAAUUGCAGCUGGGAUGCGGCCGAUGACACCAGUGAGCAGUUCGAAUUCGGCUUCGACAACGCCUGUUAGCAGUAGUGGCGGUACGACAAUUGCUGCACCACCACCACAACCACAGUCAACUGCAGCGUCAGUGCAAAUGUCACUGCCAGGUUUGAUACCAGGUCCCGGGCCAGGUAUGCCACCUGGUCAAGCUCCGCAUUUAUUGCACCACAUGCCCUUUGGAGCUAAUCCACAUGGGCCGCCACAGCCAAUGCCGACUGGUGUUGGAAUGCAGAUGGGCAUGGGAAUGCCAAAUAAUCAUGGUUACAGCAGCAGUAAUAGUAGUAUCAGCAAUAAUACAAAUACAACAACAACAGCAUCGAUCGCAAACUCAACAUCCUUAAGCAGCAACAGUAAUAACAGCGGCAAUAGCAAUAGCGGCAUAAACAGCAGUGGCAGUGGUGGACCAGUGGCUGCUAACAACAAUGCUAUUCAAAUGCAGCGUGGAGAGGGCUCACAAUUACUUCCGCCACCUCCUCCGCAUAUGCUUUCACAUCCACAUCUACCACCACCGCCCACCCACACCGGAGCGGUGGCGCCGGGCCCACAUAUGGCUCCCAUACCACACAUGCUAAUGCAUCCACAACAUGCAAUGUUGCGCGGCAUUUCUCCCAGUACUGCCAACACGGCCAGCGGUGGUAAUUCCGGCCUACCGUUAAUUGGUGGCCCUGCUUCUUCAUCUGUGAUUCAGAGAGUUAUCUCCCCUAAAAAUGAAAAUCCCAGCAGGGAGCGCGAUAUCGCAUACAGCAUACCGCGCUCCGCGCCAUCUAUGAAUACUCACAGUAGUGGCAGUAACAGUUUACCUACUGGUGCUCCACCAUACAUGACAACUGCUGUCAGUAACAACAGUGUGGGGUCCGCAAUUCCGGUGCCCUUUAGUAGCACGGUUUCUGCGAUGCAUCCAAUGCAUUCGCAUCCAACGACCACAAUGGCAUCAUCGCAUCAACAACACAUUGCUACGUCGCCUAGUCUACCCUAUCCACCCAAAAAUACACUAUGGCCCAGUUCAUCGCUGCAAUUAACUCCAUCAACGGCAACGACGAUCAGCACGUCAUCAUCAUCCAGUUUGACAACGCGUCCAACCCCGCCGCCGGCGCAAUCUCAGGCAUCAUUAAAUAUAGCUGGUGCUUCGUCUGCUUCCAAUGCUGCGACAGCUGCUGCUUCAAUGCCUGCUAACUCAGCUUCUCCCCAAACAUCACACGCUGCUGCUGGAUCUCUUACUACAUUUCAACCUCCAUUUUUCAUUACUCCUUUGCCACCUCCUCCACCCAUAGUACCCGCUUCUUCUAUAAGCAGCACCUCAACUACACCAUCUGCAUCGUUGGCGUCAUCGGGUGCAGGAACUAUAGUUGGAGCUGCACCAGCGACUGUUGGUACCACAUCGGCAUCUUCAAUGUCCUCCACACAGACGACUGUUACCACAGCAACAAGUACACCGGUAACAACAUCCGCACCACAUCCUUUCUCGGCCGAAUCUCUAUUUCAAACUAGCAAAAAUGAUCAAGCAGAUCUGUUGAGGCGUGAAUUGGAUAGCAGGUUUCUCGAUCGUUCUGGUUUGGCUGUACAACCGCCGGCACCACCACCACCCUCCACGUAUUUACGUCAGGAGCUGCACCAUCACCAGCACCAACAUACACACCUACAUCAGCAUCAACAGCUUAUUCCGGCCGCUUUGCCGGCAGCACUUCCAGCUGCACCGCCCCCAGCACCGGCACCCAUAUUCCCGCAAUUAUUCAAAGACAUUCCAAAAAUUGCGGCAGUGGAAACACCGUUCUAUCGAACCGGCAUUGGUUUGCCUGGCUAUCCGGGAUAUAAUUCGGGACUGCUACAUCCAGGGCUAGGUGGAGCAACGCCUUUCAUGCCGCCCGGGCACCUAACUUCAUUCGCGCCAAAGCCGCCACCGCCAUCAUCGCCCUCCGCUAACACCAAUGCCACGAACUCAAACAAUCCACCAACGAAUCUUGAUUCCUCUAAAGUUGCGAGGUUUACGAAAACUGGUCGGUGGAAUGCCAUGCAUGUGCGUAUCGCGUGGGAGAUUUACUAUAACCAAAACAAACAAAAUCCCGAUAAACUAGCCAAUAACCAGGCCGGCGUUGCUGGCGCAACUCCAGUUGGAGCAUCACCAAGUGGGGCUCCUUCUUCUAUGAAUGCAGCUGGCAGUGUUGGACCUUCGCCAUCUUCGUCGGUAACGCUAAGCGGUCUUAAAGCUUCGCCAGCACUAUCGUUAAGCUCCGCGCCGCCACACAUGCUGCAUCGCCCGGGAGAGUUACCACCAGGCGCAAUGGCAGCUUAUGCUGCUGGUGCUUUGCCAGGUCGCUCGCCCUUCGAAACAUCUCCGUUAUCGACGAGUUUCAUAGGAGCACCUCCCAGUCAUAUUGGCACAGCAGUUUCGCCAUUCGGUCGUUAUGCUGCACCAUUUGGUUUCGGUUUAUCACACUUCGGCUGUGAAACGUGGCGGCCGUUACAACGUGCUGUAGCAUAUCAUCCAGGCGCUACCAGCGCUCCUAUGUGGCCAAUAAAAUCCGAUCCGGCACUGGAUAAUGCGCGCCGUGAAGCGGAGGAACGUGAGAGGGAGCGUGAAAUGCGCGAGCGCGAACAGCGCGAACGUGAUCGGCAACGUCGCGAACGAGAAGAGCGUGAACGUAAAGAAAAAGAAGAGAAAAUGAAGCGUGAGCAACAGGAGCGUGAACGUGAGCGUGAGCGGGAACGCGAACGUAAAGAGCGCGAACGCCGAGAAUUGGAGCGGCGGGAAUUGGAGCGUGAACGAAUGAUACAGCAACAACGCAUUAACGAGAGUAACAAACUAUCACAGGCGGCUGCCGCCGCUGCUGCAAUGAACACAACACAGCGUGAUCGUUCUCCACAUCGCAGCAUCAACGAUCCGUUGGGCGGGCCCAGCGGUGGUGAGAUACGUAUAAAAGAAGAGCAUCCGCGUACCAAAGAAGAACAAGAUGCAAUGAUGAUGCGUGCUUCAGCUGCUGCAGCUGCGGCGGGUGACGCACGCUAUCAUCAAUCCAUUGCAGUGGCUCAAGCUAGUGCGGCGGCUGCUGCACACCAUGCAUCUUUUAUGGCCGGUCGGCAUGGACCACACGCAGUGGGACCACCGCCACCGCCUCAUCUCGCCCGCACAAUGAUGCCACCCUCUUUAGGCGGACCACCAAUGACACAUUUCGGACCUCCUGGACCUCCCGGUUGGCCAAUGGACCCCUAUCGUGAUCCAUAUGCUCCAAUGCUACGUUAUAACAUAAUGGAAGCGUUGCGUCAUGAAGAAGAGCGACACAAAGUGGCACUUAGCAUGUAUGCGGCACAGUCAGCGGCUCACCUACGAGGCAAAGAACCCAGCCCAAUACCGCCGCCGACGGUGGGGGGUCCUUUAGGACCACCACCACCGCCACCACAUCAUCGCAUUCAGCAGUCACCGCACCACCAACAAUCGGUUGCCGGGCCACCGCCACCUACGAUCAUAGGAAAACCCCAAACACUUGGAGGUAUGCCCCAUCCGAUUGCCAUUGAUGCGCAUCAUCCCGCAAAGAAGGAUGAGCCUGGAGCGAAUGUAGGAGUCAGUGGCAUGCAAACAACGUCUUCGCCAGCGGCACAAGGUCGAUGAUAAAUAACAACUCAUCUUUAGAAAGUGUAGUUGUCGAAUUGUUGAAGAACUGCGAUUGCAAAACUUGCUAAUUUUUGUAAAUGUGUUUUCUUUUUUGUGCAAACUUGAUCGCUUUAGCUACUGUUACUUUUUGUUGUUGGGUAUAUUGUAAUGUGUAGAGCCAUGUAUAAAGCAAAUCUUCGUACAUACAAAAGUAUAUAUGCAAUAUUUAUUCAAUAGUAGUAUGUAUAUGUAUUAACAAUGAAAAUAAUACAAGUAGCUUACAUGCAGCAGAGAGAAGCAACAAUUAUAAAGACUUUUGAAUAUCUUUCUUAAAAAGCGCAACAUUCUACGAAGCGAUUCGUAGACUUUUGCAAUUGUAAAAUAUUUUUUUUUUUUAAUUUUAUUGUAUAAAAUAUUUAAAACAAGUAAAAUUAACUGAUGAUAUGUAUGUAUAUGAAAAAAACUAUAAGGAAUAAAAUAUUUACUUGAUCGCAUACAUAAAUAAUUUAUACAAAAUCGCAGACUCGAACUUAUGCAUACUCGAUAUAAUUUAGCGAUAAUUAUAUAAAACGUAAAGAAAAACAAAAAAAAACUUCAGACAUACAGACAGCAUGUAAGAUAUUUUAGGUGGCGACCUGUCGAAUUGAAUUCUUUACAAUUGGACGGACAUUAUAUAUGAAAACACAUACAUUUGUACGUGCAGACAUACAAUAAGUGCAAGCAAAACAAAAAAAAAUAAAUAAAACAAAAAAAAACCACUUCAGAUAAAAUGAGAAACCAGUUAGUUCGUAAUUGUAUUAAAUUGGUAGAAUAUUCGUAGGUUUAUAUACAUUCAUAUAUAAAUAAAUGCAUAAUAAAAUCUAAUUAGUACAUAAAUCGUCAGCACACACUCCCUGAGUAUCCUUUCCUCACCCAUCAAUCCAAAAAUUAUCCGCUAUCUACCUAUGUAUGUCCACACCUGCACCUAAAAAAAAA